UCUCGCUUACAGUUUCUUCAGUGCAGCCAAAGAGAAACACACGGAAAAGCGCCGACCAUGCGGUAGCAUUAGCUUUGGCUUUGUCAGAAGUCUGCUCACAGGUCUAGUGUUUUGGGUGAAUACGUGAGUAUUUGCAAUAAAAAUGUCUUCAGUUCAGCCUCAGAUAGAGUUUAUCAACGAGCAGGAAACUCCUGCUGGAGAAACAUUCACAGAGUUUAAAGAAGUCAAAGUUAAGAUCGAGGAAGAGAUGGAGGAUCAGACAGAAAUCAACGUUAAGAUCGAGGAAGAGAUUAACGAUCAGACAGAAAUCAACGUUAAGAUCGAGGAAGAGAUGGACGAUCAGACAGAAAUCAACAUUAAAUCCGAGAAAAAGAUGGAUGAACAGACAGAAAUCAACGUUAAGUCCGAGGAAAAGAUGGACGAACAGCGCAGACUGAUGGGUUUCACCCGGAAAACGCAGAUCAUCUUAUACCCUGCAGAUCUCCCACAAUGCUGUAUGUGGAAAGAGGAGGAGGUUCUCAAUGAAACAGAACCACAGAGGAACCAACUCAUCUCUCAUGGCUCUCCAAAAGCUGAGAACCAGGAUCAGGAAGGAAGCAAUUCCGAAGACCCAGGAAAAAGGAGAAAGAAAGAACAGAAACAAAAGGAGAAAUAUGAGAAAACCAAACAGCGGAAAGGCAGAACUGAUACUGAAAAACCAAAAGACCACAAGAAAGCUCACCCAAGGCAAAAAUUAUAUUCUUAUAAAGUUUCUGAUAAAACAUUUUCUCAAAACAGUUGCUUGACGAAACACAUGAUAACUGACACAGGAGUAAAAUCUUUCACACAUCUCAAUGCUCAUAUGAAAGUUCAGACAGGUGAGAAGACUUUCUGUUGUGGGACCUGUGGAAAGAGCUUCUCUCGAAAAGAACAGUUCAUUGUUCACAUGAGAAUUCACACAGGUGAGAAGCCUUUCACCUGUGGUAUCUGUGGAAAGAGUUACAGUAAUAGACAGGGUUUGACUUAUCACAUUAGAAUUCACACAGGUGAGAAGCCUUUCUCCUGUGGGACCUGCGGAAAGAGUUUCUCUGAUAAAGGUAACUUCAAUGUUCACUUGAGAAUUCACACAGGUGAGAAGCCUUAUACCUGUGAUAUCUGUGGAAAGAGAUACAGUAAUAGACAGGGUUUAACUCAUCACUUAAGAAUUCAUACAGGUGAGAAGCCUUUCACCUGUGGUAUCUGUGGAAAGAGUUUCUCUAUAAAAGGACGGUUCAUUGUUCACAUGAGAAGUCAUACAGGUGAGAAGCCUUUUUUUUGUGGGACCUGUGGAAAAAGUUUCUCCCAAAAAGACAAUCUCACUGCUCAUAUGAAGGUUCACACAGGUGAGAAGCCUUUCUUUUGUGGGACUUGUGGAAAGAGUUACCGUGAAAGAAAGACCUUAACUCAGCACAUGAGAAUUCACACAGGUGAGAAGCCUUUCACUUGUGGGACCUGUGGAAAGAGUUACAGACAUAGAGGGACUUUAACUCAGCACAUGAGAAGCCACACUGGUGAGAAGCCCUUCUUAUGUGGGACCUGUGGAAAGAGUUACAGUUUCAGAAAUAAUUUAACUCGGCACAUGAGAAUUCACACUGGUGAGAUGCCUUUCUCUUGCGGGACUUGUGGAAAGAGUUGCAGAGAAAGAGGGGCUUUAACUCGGCAUAUGAGAAGACAUACAGGUGAGAAGCCUUUCUCCUGUGGGACCUGUGGAAAGAGUUUCCCUCGAAAACACGAAUUCAUUGUUCACAUGAGAAUUCAUACAGGUGAGAAGCCUUUCUCCUGUGGGACCUGUGGAAAGAGUUUCUCUCGAAAACAAUAUCUAAAUGAUCAUGUGAUUAUUCAUACAGGUGAAAAGCCUUUCUUUUGUGGGGCUUGUGGAAAGAGUUACAACAUUAGAAGAAGUUUAAUUGGUCACAUGAGGACUCACUCAGACAUUUGAGGUGUUGGGAACAAAACAUCUCAGAUCCAUUUUGGCAUCAGAUCAAAUCAGCAGAAUGUUGCAAACUCCCACAAUGCUGAUUCACUGUGACUGUGUCUUUUCUCUCUUGCUCUCGGCGAAGACAGAUACUUUUUUCCUCUGCUCCCUCCCUGUCCUGGCCUGCCCUACUUGCUAUUUUUGUCCUGUCUUUUCUAUUUUUUUGAAGCUUUUCUUUGCACGUCCUCUUAAUCUACUAAUUAUGGAUCUGUUUAACCAAUUUCUCAAUUCAAUCAAUUUUUCUCAACGAGAAAUCUGGGCACAUGAGAGCCCUCUACUCCUGCGGGGACACACCCGGCGGGAUUCACCCUGGAUUUAUUCAUGAUAACAGGAUGUCUGCUGUUUGGAGCUUGUGGAUUCCUGGCUUAUCGACAAAUUUGUGACGGAAUUAGCCGAGCUAAUGAACACUGUUGGUGUGGACAGAGACGCAAGUCGGAUGCGAGUCUUGCUGAGACUCGCGGCCCUGCUGAGGACUCUAAAACUCACUAGCGGGAUAGAAUCAAUCUUUUAGAAGUUGAUAGUUUCGGCUCAGUCGAACGACCAAAGUAAUUUGGGUAAUUGAGGACUGAGAUGUAUCGGAGAGACUUUAGGGAAGAUUGAAAUUCAUAAUCUACCCGACCUAAGACAUUCCAUUUCUGAAUUGGCUUCCCCCGUGUGGCCUUGGAAAGGCAGCAUGUUUCCAAUCUCAUUGAAGAUGUAUAAACAUGUUAUCCAUGCAGCUGUGCAGCUGAGCGCUCCCAUGGACAUGACUAGAUAAUAUCUUAUCACACUUCUGCCGGGAAGCUGAGCAACGUGGUUUCAUUGCCUGUAAUGUCAUCGCCUUCACUUAUGUCUUUGUUUUGAACUUUGUUUUAUCUAAAUGUUGCCAUUUGCCCUAAUGUGUCCUUUCCUUUUUUCACUUUUAACCCAGAAAAUAAAUUAGAACAAACCUAGAAUGCAGAAAAAAAUUCUUCCAGAAUAGCAACAUUGACUUAUUAUUACUUAGAAACUAUGGAAUACUCAUUACUUUUACAAAUUUAGAGCACACUUGGAAAGUCCAGAGAAUACUUAUGCUCAUUUAGCAACCCGGAACAGGGAUUAGAACUUGGAAUCCAGAAAAACUACCUUUGCAAAUUUUUAGACUUCUUAUAUAUUCAAACCAGAAAAUGAAUUAGUUAUAAGUUAUACUUACCUAUCAAUCCUGAAUAGGAGUAUCUAGUUUAUUUAGUUUGGAUCAAUAUUUAUGGCUUUUUCUUCUUUUGCUCUUUCCUUUAGUUUUCUUUAGUUUGUUAUUUAGUUUUUUCCUUUUAACUACUGUAAAGCAUUUUGAAUUGCCUUGUUGCUGAAAACGUGCUUUAUAAAUGAAAUUACCUUUACCUUUCAGUGUCUGACCAAGAUAAACCUUAGGUCUACUUUUGCCUACCAGCUUGUUUUUCUUAAUCCAGCUUUUUGUUUUACUUAGUCGUAUUUGUGCUUAAGA